CCAUAUAAAGAUUUUGGCUCCAACUCUAUCAGAACGUUGGAAAUACUAUAAUAGAAAGGGAUUUUAUAGCUUAAAUGUGAUGGUGGUGAGUAACUGAUUAAUAUGCUAUUCACAGAAUUUUAUAAUGCAAAAUUACAGGUCUGUGAUCAUAAACUAAGAAUACGUUAUAUUUCACCAAGCCAUCCAGGUUCAGCACACGAUUCGUUGGUAUGGAAUGUUAGUGAUCUUAAAGCAUAUCUUGCAGAACGAUAUAAUAACGGAGAAAGAAACACAUGGCUUUUAGGUGAUGCAGGAUAUCCACUAGAACCAUAUUUAAUCACCCCCUUUAGGGCAGCAGAAGAAGGCAGUGCUGAGUCUCGAUUUAACACAGUACAUUCAAAAGCAAGAAAUAUUGUGGAAAGAACAAUUGGUGUUGCAAAAAAUAGAUUCCGCUGCCUGCUUGGUGCGAGACAGUUGCAUUAUUCUCCAGAAAUGGCCGCGAAGAUUACCGCAGUUUGUGCAGCUUUACAUAAUAUAUGCAUCCACUAUAAACUCGAUCAUAGUGAAUUUGAAAUCCCUUUAGAAAAUCAAAAUUCAGAUGAAGAUUAUAAUGAAAAUAAUGGCGACAUGACAGCAACAAGUAUAAGAUUAAAUAUCAUGAACACAAUGAAUGUAUAAA